AUGAGAAUCAAAAAGAAGAACACCAGAGGUAACGCUAGAAACUUCAUCACCAGAUCUCAAGCUGUGAGAAAAUUGCAAGUUUCUCUUGCUGAUUUCAGAAGAUUAUGUAUUUUCAAAGGUAUCUACCCAAGAGAACCAAGAAAUAAAAAGAAGGCAAACAAGGGUUCCACCGCUCCAACAACUUUCUACUAUGCUAAGGAUAUUCAAUACCUGAUGCAUGAGCCCGUCUUGGCUAAAUUUAGAGAGCACAAAACUUUUGCAAGGAAAUUAACAAGAGCCUUAGGUAGAGGUGAAGUUUCUUCUGCUAAAAGAUUAGAAGAAAACAGAGACACCUACACUCUAGAUCAUAUUAUCAAGGAACGUUACCCAAGUUUCCCAGACGCUCUGAGGGAUAUUGAUGAUGCUUUGAAUAUGUUAUUCCUUUUCUCUAAUUUGCCCUCCACGAAUCAAGUUUCAUCGAAUAUUGUCAGCGAUGCUCAAAAACUUUGUAAUCAAUGGUUGGCAUAUGUCGCUAAAGAACGUUUGGUUCGUAAAGUGUUCGUAUCGAUCAAGGGUGUCUACUAUCAAGCUAAUAUCAAAGGUGAAGAAGUUAGAUGGUUAGUUCCAUUCAAGUUCCCAGAAAAUAUUCCAAGCGAUGUCGACUUUAGAAUUAUGUUGACCUUCUUAGAAUUUUAUUCAACUUUAUUGCAUUUCGUUCUGUACAAACUAUACACCGAUAGUGGGUUGAUUUAUCCACCAAAAUUGGAUCUUGAAAAGGAUAAAAUUAUAAGUGGUUUGUCAUCAUACAUCCUCGAAUCUAGACAAGAAGACAAUUUGCUACAACAUGAACCAGCCGAAAUUAAAGAAGACGCACAAGUUGAAACUUUGGAUGCAUCGACCUUAAAGUCUGCUUUAAAUGCCGAUAAAGCAAAACUUGAAGAAACAAGCAAAGAAGAACAAGAGCAAGAACAAGAACAAGAACAAAAUGAGGAAACAGAACUAGACACAUUCGAAGACAAUAACAAGAAUAAGGGUGACAUUUUAAUACAACCAACGAAGUAUGAUUCCCCAGUUGCUGCUUUAUACUCCGAUUUUGUUUUCUAUAUYGGCAGAGAAGUCCCAAUCGAUAUUCUUGAAUUUUUAAUUCUAUCAUGUGGUGGUAAUGUCAUCAGUGAAGCCGCUUUAGAUCAAAUUGAGGGCAAAAAAGAUAUUGACAUGUCUAAGAUUACCCAUCAAAUUGUUGACAGACCAGUAUUGAAAAAUAAGGUUGCUGGUAGAACAUAUAUUCAGCCGCAAUGGGUCUUUGAUUGUAUCAAUAAGGGUGAGUUGGUUCCUGCCAACAAGUAUCUUCCAGGUGAAACACUUCCACCUCAUUUGAGUCCAUGGGGUGAUGCUAUCGGUUAUGAUCCAACUGCUCCUGUGGAAGAAGGCGAAGAAAGCGAAAGUGAGAGUGAAGCUGAAGUUGAAGAGGAAGACCAAGAAGUCGUUGUUGAAGGUGAAGAAGAAGAAGAAGAAGACGAAGAGUUACAAGCUCAAAAGGAGUUGGAAUUGGAAGCACAAGGUGUCAAAUAUUCAGAAGCUCCUGAAGCCAGCAAGGGUGCCAAUAAGCCAAAGAACAAGAAGAGAAAGGUCGACGAAGAAGAAGAAGAAAAGAAGUUGAAGAUGAUUAUGAUGAGUAACAAACAAAAGAAACUCUACAAAAAGAUGAAAUAUUCCAACUCCAAAAAGGAGGAACAAACUGAAAGUUUGAAAAAGAAAAAGAAGCAAAUUGCCAAGCAAAAGGCUAAAUUGGGUAAACUUAACUCCAAAAAAUAA